AAUAAGAGAUCGUUCACGAGAAGCGAUCAAUACCUAAUUCGUGGCACGUGCACGCAGCACGUGGAAUCAGAAAACGUGACCGACAAUGUUAAAUCGAUAUCUUCAUAGCAACUACGAGAUUUUCUUGGUUAAUGCGUACUCGCGUCUCUAGCCAUGACACUUGCGAUUUUCCUUCGUGAUACUCGCUAAAGUUAGAAGCUGAUACAAGACAAAAAUGGUAAAAAUCACCCUGGAAUUAAUACGGAAGCGCUCGGAGCACAAUGAGGGCGAAAUCUCGACGUUGGAAGAAAUAUCUUUGCACCAGGAGAACAUCGACAAAAUCCAGCUGAUAGACAGACACUGCAGGAAUCUCAAGAUCCUGCUUUUGCAGCACAAUCUUAUAUCGAAAAUAGAGAAUCUGAAUAUGUUGAAAAGGCUGGAAUACUUGAAUCUAGCCCUCAAUAACAUUGAGAUUAUCGAGAACCUGGAAGGCUUAGAGAGCUUAAAAAAAUUGGACCUCACCGUCAAUUUUAUCGGAAAUUUACAAAGUGUCAAAAAUCUUAGGUGCAACGAACAUUUGGAACAUCUGAUUCUAAUGGGAAAUCCAUGCACCGAUUACGAGUACUACAGGCAAUACGUCGUGGCGACUUUACCGCAACUACAAGAGCUCGACAUGCAGGAGAUUGAAAGAUCGGAACGCAUCAAGGCGUUACAGAUCUAUUCGCGUGCGCGAGACGACGUUAUUGAAAGUUAUAGGCAUUACGAGAAAACUAGGAUAGCUCAAUGCGCUCGUCGCGAUGCUACACAGGAAACCACAGAAACAAUCAACCAGAUGAAUACUGCAGAGAAGCAAACGGAACAUACAAAGAACGAGCGAAGUGAGAACACGAACACAGAGCAGGAUGACGAGUCAGAGGACGAACGUUUUUGGAAGCAGCCUAGUUAUCACACGCCGGAAGAUAGAAUCGCCAUCGCUGAGCAAUUCAUGAAGAAACAAGAGAAGAAGAAUCGUACUUCGGAUAAGAGCAAUCAACCGAAACGUGUGCUGAAGCUAUUCGCUCCAGACGGAAGAGCGUACAAUAUAAAUCAGGCGAAGGUGCCAUUCAGACUAGACGAUGAAAACGAUCGCGAUUUUGUUGUUCUUGAAGUCUCCGUUUACAGGCAUUUGGACACCUCUUAUAUCGACGUCGACGUAAAUCCGACUUACGUGCGAGUCACUAUAAAAGGAAAGAUUCUGCAGUUAACCCUGCCCUGCGAGGUAUCGGUCGAUAAAACCAACGUUCGACGGAACACGACCACCGGAAGUUUAGUGAUCGCUAUGGCCCGUUUGACUCCGUGCGCAAUAAUCGUGAGGAGGGACGAAUCGACGAGAAAGACGAAAUCCAACGAACGCGAAACGAAGGUGAUCACAGUCCGGCCACCGGUGACCUCCCGACGAGCUCUCCUCGAGAUCGGCCCAUCCACGGACGUUUACGAUUUUCUGAGGAUAACCGAAGACUCCGCGAAACGAGCGCAGAGGAAAGAGGAGAAGAGAGACCGCGAAAAUUUCGAGGACAAUCCGGACGUACCGCCUCUCGAAUAAGCGGACGCGGCGAAUUAAAAAAAAAAUCACGGUUACGAAUGUGACGAAGAUCUCGCGAAUUGAUCUCAUCGUGUCGAUUCGAAA